AUGAACGAAUCAUAUCAAAUCCUCGAAAUGGAGCCAACAACAUCCGAAAUCAUUGAGAUGUUCUAUCAGAUUUCAUUCUUUCUCAUUGGUACACCAAUCAAUGUGUAUGCCUUUUUGAGAACGACGAGAAAUAUCCGUGAAGGUGGUGUGGAAUCACGUCUUGUGAAGCUAAGCCGUCAACUUCUUAUUGCUCAUAUAAUGGUGCUUUUCACAUACGGUGUAUGGCGCAGUUAUUGGUUUUAUAAUAUUGUUUGGGUUCAAGGGAAUAUGAUGUGCAAAAUUUUCUCAUUUUUUUGCGCAUUACCUUUUCAUCUUUGGUCGAAUAUGGUGGCCGCAAUAGCUGUUGAUAUGCUGUGUUGUAUCACUUCACCUUUGAACAGUUAUCGAACUGGUGCGAAUCGUGUGGAUUGGUUGAUUGCACUCGCAUGGAUUUGUGCCUUUUUAUGUGCACUACCGAUGGCUUUUAUUCGUGGAACAAUUACAAUUUAUUCGUUUGAGGAUGAAUCCUAUGAGCAAUGCUAUCCGUUAGUGAAUAACUACAGCAGAGAUAUACUGAUUGCGUUUAAUUUUUUCCAUGUUAUAACUACAUUCUACGUUCCACUACUAAUUGUUGUCGUUUGCUAUUCUAUGAUCGGUCUUUCACUUCGUAAACAAAUGGCUGAAAGAAAAUUGCUGCAGGAUGGUAGUAGCCAACAGAAACAUUCAAGCACUAAAGCACGAUUUUUACGAGCAACUCUAGCAGUGAUUUGUACAUUUUUCUUCACAUGGCUGCCAUAUCAGGUGUUGGCAUUGUUACGCGUUGUUUGUGAUGAAAAUGCCGUCUGUGAAAGUAUAACUAGUCGAAUUAACUGGUUACAAGCGAUAAUUAUAGCAAGUGUUCAUAUCCUCCCCGACAACAGUGCUAUCGAUUUCGUGAUCAGUUCUGUCACGGAAAGCUGGAGAGCUUUAGUUGGUCAUAGGACUGAGGAAAUUUAUAUAAGAGCAAAAGUUGAAUUGAAACGAGGACAGAGGAUCUCUAGAGAGGUUUAUAAACAUGUAAGAAGAGAGAUGAGAUUUUCUGGAUACUGCGAUGCGAUAGAAGACGACCAUGACAUGGCAUACGAUAUGCAUGCUGCUAAAAUCACUUGGUCAGAAAAUGGCGAUGGAUACACAAUUGUACAGGACGGGAUGAAAAUUGAAUCCAUGAAGCCACAGCCAAAACCGAGAACGAAAUGGUUCAACAAUAUCCUUGAGGCGAACGGGAAUACACCUCUAUCGAAACUUAAUCGAAUUCCAGAAAAGAAAUCAUUGAAGUGCAAUAUUUAUUUGAAACUGGAGUAUUUCAAUGUGGCAGGUUCUUUGGAGGAUCGUUCUGCAAUUCGCAUGAUUGAGGUAGCCGAACAACAUGGAUUGAAAAAAGGCGCCACAGUGAUCGCACCGGCAAGUGGAAAUAUUGCUAUCAGUAUCGCUCUAGUUUGCGCUGUCAAAGGAUACAAGUGUAUUAUUGUCACUCCCGACCGACCAUCACACGAUAUUGCUGAUAUCAUGACAGCGCUGGAUGCACAGGUGAUUCGUACAAACAACGGUAAAACUCCGGAGAGUCCAGACUCUCAUUAUGCUUACGCUAAACUCAUAGCUGAAGGAAUUCCAAAUUCAUAUUUCCUUGAUGAGAAUAUUUCUGGAGCCAAUGCACUGACUCAUUACGAGACAACUGCUAAUGAAAUUGUUACUGCUCUUAACUCAAAGGUUGAUCUUGUGAUCGUCCCAGUAAGAACUGGUGCUGCUUUAACGGGAAUAUCAAAAUUCUUCAAACAACAUCAUCCUGGAACAAAGAUUUACGGUGUUCGUAGUCAUGAUGAAGACUUUCCGCCGAUUCCUGAACUAAGCACUGGAAAUCUUCCAUCUGUUGCCAAUUUUUCGGAUGUAACCGGAAUGGAAAUCGUACGCUCUAAGGAAGCUUUCUUAAUGACACGUGAGCUGAUCAAAGAAGAAGGUCUUAUGGUUGGACCAUCUAGCGGAGCAGGAGUUUGCGCCGCAUUUAGGUUGGCCGAAAAUCUACCAGAAGGAAGUAAUAUAGUGGUCGUAGCUGUGGAUGGGAUUAGAAAUUAUAUGAAUCAGUUUAUCGACGAUGACUGGCUAAUCAAGAAUAAAAUCAUUACACAUAGCGAUAAGAAGACUGUUACACCAAAAGAAGAUUUCGAUCCGAAGAUACUAGUAUACGAUCCAACAACGUUGGCUGGUGAAUGGAAACAAGAUGAGACAACUAAGAAAUGGACUAAAUGUUCGCGUGCAUUUAAACCAUACAGGCCAGAGCGUCCAGCUGUCCUUAACAAUGUAUUAGAGGGGAUUGGAAAUACUCCUCUUGUAAAACUUAACAGACUUCCAAACGAUAAUGGUAUCAAAUGCAACAUGUUUGUUAAAUGCGAAUACUUCAAUGCUGGCGGAUCAACGAAAGAUCGUAUCGCUCUCAGGAUGAUUGAGUUAGCUGAAGAGGAAGGAAGACUGAAACCAGGAAUGACAUUAAUUGAGCCAACAUCUGGAAAUACUGGUAUUGGAUUAUCGUUGGCUGCUGCAGUUAAGGGAUAUGGAUGUAUUAUUGUUAUGCCUGUGAAAAUGUCCAAGGAAAAAGCUGUAACAAUGGAAGCGCUUGGAUCUGUGAUUGUGAGAACACCAAAUGAUGCUGCAUUUGAUUCCGCUUACUCACAUAUUGGAGUAUGUUUGCGUCUACAAAAUGAGAUACCUGGAGCAAUUAUUCUGGAUCAGUACCGUAACCUCGGUAAUCCAAUGGCUCAUUACGAACAAACGGCUGAGGAAAUUAUUGACGCUCUUGAUGGAAAAGUGGAUUACGUUGUGAUUGGCGCAGGUACUGGUGGGACGGUCACUGGUGUUGCGAAGAAGAUUAAGGAUAAAAUCCCGAAUUGCAUUGUUGUUGGUGUAGAUCCGGAAGGCUCGAUUUUGGCAGAUCCUAGUCAAGGUGAAACUGCUUUCUACGAAGUAGAAGGUGUUGGAUAUGAUUUCGUGCCGGGAACUUUGAACAGAACCGUGGUCGACAAAUGGUUGAAAUCUACAGACAAGGAAUCGUUCGAGACCGCUCGAAAUCUCAUAAUGAAGGAAGGAAUUUUAUGUGGUGGUUCGUCUGGUUCCAAUGUUCAUGCAGCUCUAGAAAUUGCACGUGGUCUACCAGCUGAUAAAAAUGUUGUCGCAAUACUUCCUGACGGAAUUAGAAACUAUCUAACGAAGUUCCUGAACAAUGAAUGGAUGAUCGUGAGGCACUUCGAUGUGAACGAAACCGUCUAA